AUGUUUGUAAGCCCAAGUCGCUCGAGUUCAAGUGGGACAGCUCUUGUAGCUGCCCUUACAGUGUUCCACAACGGAAGGCCAGCCUUAGCUAAUACAGCCGGUCAUUGUGCUCUUCACGUUGAGUUACUGCCUAAAUCAGAGAAGACACCACUUAAGAUGAAGCCACUUAAGGUGAAAGUUGCCGUACCUUGCGUACCGUCCGACUUGAAGAAUUUUAACAUCAUUGAGGACUGCAAUGCAAUCCAAAUAGUGCGCGGACCGUCGUCCUCAGAUCGUGGAGCGAUUGAAUUUGGUGCAUCUCUGCUCGGAGAGGUUUGCCGUCAGAUGUGUGAGAACUUGGGUCCGGCAAUGAUAGAGCAGCAGGAGGCUUGUCAAAAAGUUCUGGAGGAUCUGGGUGCUAGUAUGUUCUCAGAAUGGGGCGAUGAUGCGGAAGAUAUGUCCGGUCUGGCCGCGAUGCCUUUACUAGCUUGCGAUGACCCAUUCACAUUACCCCGAGUGGAAGAUACCUGGGGAGUUACAAAAGCCGACGAUUUAGUGGCGGACAGUUGGUCCGACUCCAAGGAGACUUCGAAGUAA